GCCGACUUUUGCCUUGAUCAUGAAUGAACUAAGAACUAAUGAGUUUUACCUGAAGAAACUAUAUCGCGCCGCUCAAGUUACUGACGCUGACAAGGUAAGAAACUGCACUAUAUUAACGCACCAAGCCUAUCAAGGACAUCAAAUACUGUUAGACUGAUUCAGAAGCUAUAAUUUAUUCAGGUGCAUGUAACACACCAGCUGGCAACGUAGAACAUUAAUGCCUACAAUAAUUUUACUAAAAUGCUAGCGCUAAAGUAAAGUAAACGUUGCAGUGUCUAAAUAUUUCUCAGGACAUGAGAUGAUGUAGCCUGCACUAGACGAUUUUCAAGUAACUUUUUUAAAUUAAUGAUGCUCGAGACUUUCUAAAUUUUGAACUUUAGGGUGGGUUUGAUUCAAUUUUAUGUUUUUAUAACUUCUGACCGAGCUAUUCUGUAGAUAAACUGCAAUAAACUCGUUAUUUUUGAAGAAUGGUGUAAUAACUCGUGCUGAUUAUGACAUCAUGAUCAAGAGAUACAACGAGCUUGGUAUGCCGGAAGAAUACAAACAAGAAUUAUCUGACGCCAUGUACGGAAUGUGUGAUUCCAUUGGUCUUACAGACUACACGAAGUCCUUGACUGUGGAUGAGUUAGUGCAGUCUUGGAUUGAUAACGUGGAAAAGGGAGGUGGCCCUGCGACCGUUCUUUACGAUAAGGUAUUUCGAAUUAUUGAUACAGACAGAAAUGGAAGUAUAUCUUUGAAAGAGUGGGAAAUUCGAGCACGCCAAAGCAUCGUUUAAAGCGAUGGACACCAAUGGAGAUGGAGUGAUCUCUCAUGAUGAAUUUGUAGCUUAUCACUAUGAAUAUUUACAUACAAGUGAAGAUAAACUACAUAGUUCUCUUUUGUAUGGACCAUUACAGUAAAAUAAGGCCCUGACGGCUGACCACCGAAAUUUUAACAAUACUAAUGCUAUAAUAAUUAACUAUUAACCUGCACCGCAGCAUGAAAACAAACUAAUAUUCAGGUAGGAAGAGGUUAUUUAUACUGUAUAUGCAAACGUGUUUUGGUAGAAAUCAGAAAUGUGGAUGGCUUGCAUACUUGUGAACGAAUAUGUAUUUAACAAUAGAGACCUUUAGAUUGACGUUUACGGCAAACGUCAAACCGCUAGCGAGGUUUUUGAUUUUACAACUCUAUUAUAAUAACUUUUACACCAACUUUGAAAUAUGUUAAACUUAUUAAACUUGUGCUCUUAGCUUUAGCAAUGAUUUAAGAAAGCAAAUUAACCACUAGUCAUGCCAUUCACCAAAGCAGUAAAUUAAGAUUUGGCGUUUGAAGUUGACGUUUGGCAUAUAAAUUUCAUGCUUUAACGACUACAAGCCCUCGUAGCAGUUCAAGCAUGAAAUUUAUACGCCAUACAUCAACUUCAAACGCCAAAUCUUAAUUUACUGCUUUCUUAAAUCAUUGCUAAAGAGCACAAGUUUAAUAAGUUUAACAUAUUUCAAAACUGGUG